AUGUCUAAUGUCACAUCUAAUCAGCUUCGACUUAUAGAGAAUCGAAUCCUGUCUCUCAACGAGACUUUAGGAGGGGGAUCGGGAACAAAAAGGUAUCCGCUUUCGAAGCUUCAGAUCAAUAACCUCGAGGCUGGGAACAUAUCGAAGCCAGCAUCAACAACGUCGUCAUCAAUGUCUUCUUCUAUUGCUGUGCCCGUCCCAAUUAAGCUGUAUAGGUCAUCAUCGAGUGCCAACGACAGAGUACUGCCCAUACGCCGGAAGAGUGGCAAGCGCCCUCCUACGAGGUUUGAAAUCAAGAGGAUCAGUUUACUCCCAUCUAGAAAAAGUACAAAGUUGACGAGGAAGUCGAAUAAAUUGAAAGAAAAUGAGUCUAUGUCGGAUUCCAGGCAAUUUAGACCAUUUUCUAACUAUUCAAAGAAAUCGUUAGGGCAAGCACCACCCUUGACAGACUCCUCCCCGUCCAGUGCUUCCACCAAGAAAAGUUCAUUUGAAGCUCUCGCUUAUGCUGCUAGUAGUAGUACAAACACCGCGGCUACGGGCCCUUCGGGCUCUGUGGGAUCUGUAGUGGGCAUGGGAGGAUCUGCUUCUUCUUAUCUUCCAUUAGGAACACCCAAUCUAAAGUACUCUCUUUCAGACUUUGAAAUUGGUAAGUCAUUAGGAAAGGGUAAAUUGGGUAAAGUCUACUGUGCCAAGGAGCGUCACACUGGCUUCAUUUGUGCUCUUAAAGUAAUGUCGAAAAAGGAUAUCAUCAACUUCAAAAUCGAAAAGAAUUUCCGUAGGGAAGUGGAGAUCCAACUGAAGCUUCGUCACCGCCAAAUCUCAAGGCUUUACGGGUACUUUUAUGACCAGGAGAAUGUCUAUCUUAUCCUAGAAUACGCCAUAUACGGUGAACUCUACCAGCAUCUUAAAACUCAAAGACGUUUUAAUGACGUCACUGCAUCGUACUACAUCUAUCAGAUGUCCUUAGCAUUAUCAUACUUGCAUUCUAAACAUAUUAUCCACAGAGAUAUCAAACCUGAAAACAUUUUACUUUCCUUCAACAAUAUCAUUAAGAUUAGUGAUUUUGGAUGGUCUGUAAGACACAAUCCUUCGAAUAGCUCGGCCAUUACAGCUGCUAAUUCGGGCUCUUCUUCCUCUUCUUCUUCCAAUAGACGGCUAACCAUGUGUGGGACUCUAGACUAUCUACCCCCUGAAAUGAUUGAACUGAAAGAGCAUGACGUUUUUGUGGAUAUAUGGGCAUUAGGAAUUCUCUGCUAUGAAUUCCUCGUGGGAAAGCCUCCGUUUGAAGAAAUCGAUAAGAAUGCAACCUAUAAAAGAAUAGCCAAGGUAGACUUAAAAAUCCCAAGCUUUGUUUGCGCUGAAGCUACUGAUUUAAUUCAAAGUUUGCUUCAACACAACCCUAAGAAGAGAUUACCAUUGAAAGAGAUCCCAAACCAUCCUUGGAUAUUGAAAAACAUGAAGUAUUGGCCCGUAGAUGAAGGCGAAAGCAAGUAG